AUGUUUUCAGAGCUUUCAGGGCUUUCAGAGCAAGUGGACGAGGUGCUGUUAAAAGUCAUUCUCCGUGAUUUGACAAAAUUUAAAGUAGCUUAUUUAAAAUUUAUCAACAAUUUAAUAAAGGACAAAAAUUGUUACCUUACCUUUACAACUACUGGCAUAAGAAUUACAUAUCAAACUCGUACUAUUUUUGAGGCUUUGUAUAUUGACUCGGUACUCGAGUUUCCCAAUGAUGAAGAUUUCCUAGAAUCUGUUGAAAUUACAAAUAUAAACGAUGAAUUUCCAUUUAUUUUGAAUCUUCAUCGAUUCAUACGUUAUCUAAAUUUAAUGGAUUAUAGAAUACGAAUUACUUAUGAUUCAAUAAAUAAAGCAAUUUGUUUGGAUCAAUUAAAAUUAAAUAUUGUUCUAUAUACGUUUCGCGUUCCUGCAUCAUUAGAAAGUGGUAGAAAUUAUAGAGAACCUCAAUUAUCCGAAUGCAAUGUAAAUUUUGAAUUUCCUCCUUGUUGGAAAAUUACACCCUUUGUUGAAUAUAUGGGAUAUUAUGAUAAAAAAAAAAUAAUGUUGUCAGCAAAUAAUAAAGGUGUAUUUAAGUUGUCUUCACCUGAAGAUGAAAUGUCAAUGGAAUUUAUAAAUUGUACAAAUCAUCAAGUAAAUUCCCAAGAGAAUCCCCACAGCUUUGCAUCUGUUAUUAUGAAUAGACAGCAAUUAUUAACAUUCUUGCAAUCAAGAGGGCCAAAAGAAGAUCCCAAGCUAGAUAACAUUCAUUGUAAAAUUAUCGACGAUGAAGCUAUUAUAUUUGAAGGAGAAAAUGACAAUAUUUAUUUUAAAUAUAUAAUGCCUUUGUUAAAUCCAUAUUGA